AUGGCUGGCAAGUGUGUCCACAAGGGCUGUGGGAAAACCUUCGCCGACCCGGAAGAGGCGUGCGUGUACCAUCCGGGUCCCCCAGUGUUCCACGAGGGGCAAAAGGGCUGGAAAUGCUGCAAACCCCGCGUCCUGACCUUCGAAGAAUUCCUCGCAAUCCCACCAUGCACCACCGGCAAGCAUUCCACCGUCGACGACACGCCGGCACCUGCGCCUUCCAAGGCCGAAGAUGCCACUCCACCCCCUGCUCCGACCGCUACUAAAACAACUAUACCUGAACGACCGGCUAUUGCCCCGGCCGUUGCACCCCAGGCUACGUCUCCCAAGCCGCCGGUAGAAGAGCCCGACUCGGAUGAUCCAUCGUUGGAGAUUCCUGCCAACGCGACAUGUCGCCGCAAAGGUUGCGGUUUGAGUUACAAUGGGUCUACGGCGAGAGAUGAGGAGAAAUGUGUGCACCACCCGGGACACCCGAUCUUCCACGAGGGUAGCAAGGGAUGGUCCUGUUGCAAGCGACGGGUGCUGGAAUUUGACGAGUUUCUCAAGAUCCCGGGCUGCACAGAGAAAACAAGGCAUUUGUUUGUGGGCCAGGCCAAACCACUGGGUGAGGAGAAAGUCGAGUCGAUCCGGAACGACUUCUAUCAGACAGCGGCUUCGGUGAAUGUCUCUCUCUACCUGAAAAAGAUCGACAAGGAGCGUGCUCGCGUCGAGUUUUCCCCUACCGCAAUCACCUUUGACCUGCCUACCUCGGACAACAAGCGGUUCCAGGAUACCUAUCCCUUGUUUGCGCCCGUUGACGCGGAGAAGUCGAGCUUCCGGGUGCUAGGAACCAAGUUGGAGUUGACCCUGGUCAAGGCGGAUGGCACCAGCUGGCCGGUGUUGCGCAGCGAUGAGAAAUGGAGUGGGCAGCGCAUCCAGAUUGGCAAUGCUGGACGAGCAUGA